UGCGGCAUCCUGUUCAGAGCUUUGGCGAUCGUACAUAGAGGUAUAAGCUCUUGGGAGUCUCUUCGGCACUCCCACCUCGCCCAAGCGUCUGAACUCUAUAAUCUCAACAUGGGAAGAUCAAUAGCGCUUUAUUGGAUAUUAUUGGCGGUAAUACUCCCUCCCUCAAGUGUUUUGGCGGCAAAUAUUUGCACUUCUAGAAGUGUGAGCACUUGUAAAGAAUGUCUCUCCAUUCAUCCCAGUUGCGCUUGGUGUAGUCAAGAGGAUUUUGGGAAGGGUGGCUCCAGCGAUUCCCGCUGUGACCUGCAGAAGAACCUUGUGGAUGCUGGCUGUGGGGUGGCCUCUAUAGAGUUUCCCACGAGCAGCAUGACCGUCCAGGAGGACCGCCCACUCACCAAAAAGACUGCAGGGGCCAGCCAGGACGUCACUCAGAUCCGGCCACAGAAAAUCCAUCUGACUCUGCGACCCGAUGAUGCCGAACGAUUCACCGUUUCAGUCCGACAGGUCGCUGACUAUCCAGUUGAUCUCUACUACCUGAUGGAUCUCUCGUACUCGAUGAGGGACGAUCUGAUUCGACUCAGAACCCUCGGCAAUGACCUGGCCACAGCUAUGGGCAAAAAGACCAGUGACCUGCGCAUGGGCUUUGGUGCUUUUGUAGACAAGCCUCUCUCGCCCUACAUGUACAUCUUUCCAGACGAGGCCAUCGAAAACCCCUGCUAUGGGAUUGGGAAGACAUGUUUGCGCCAGUUCGGCUACAAGCAUGUGUUGUCUCUGACGGAGAAGGUGGGGCGCUUCACCGAGGAGGUGGGGAAACAGGAGGUGUCUCGCAACAGAGACUCACCCGAAGGCGGCUUCGAUGCCAUCAUGCAGGCUGUGGUUUGCAAGGAUAAGGUGGGUUGGAGGCGUGAUGCCUCUCACCUGUUGGUCUUCACCACGGAUGCUAAGACACACAUCGCUCUGGACGGCCGCAUCGCCGGCGUCAUCCAGCCUCAUGAUGGGCACUGUCACCUGGAUGAGCUGAACAACUACUCCAAGUCCACAACACUGGAUUAUCCCUCCCUUGCUCUUAUCACCGAGAAGUUAUCUGAGAAUAACAUCAACCUCAUCUUUGCAGUGACCAACUAUGUGGAGACACUAUACAGAAACUAUAGUGAGCUCAUUCCUGGAACUACGGUGGGGACUUUGUCAAGUGACUCUGCGAAUGUCAUCCAACUGAUUGUGAAUGCAUAUGACAGAAUCCGCUCUAAGGUAGAGCUGGAGCUCGUUGAUCUACCCGAGGAACUGUCUCUCUCCUUCAAUGCCACCUGUCUGAAUGGAGAGGUCUUCCCUGGAGUCAAAUCCUGCUCUGGACUUAACAUCGGCGAUACAGUGUCCUUCAGCAUUGAGGCCAGGCUGCAUGGCUGCCCCAAGGAGAAGAACCGCACGUUCACCAUCAAGCCGGUGGGCUUCGAGGACAAGGUGGAGAUCACCGUCGACUUCCUGUGCGACUGCGCCUGCCAGGACGCCGCGCAGCCGGCCAGCCCGGCCUGUCACUACGGCAACGGCACCUACGAGUGCGGCGUGUGCCUGUGCGACGCCGGGCGCCUGGGCCCGCGCUGCGAGUGCUCCGAGGGCAUGUACCAGUCCUCGCAGACGGACAGCUGCAGCCCCGCCGCAGAGCCCAACGCGCCCAUCUGCAGCAACAGGGGCGAGUGCGUCUGCGGACAGUGCAGCUGCCGCCCCAGCGACUUCGGCCAGGUGUGGGGCAAGUACUGCGAGUGUGACGACUACAGCUGCGUACGCUUCAAAGGAGAGCUUUGCUCAGGUCACGGCGCGUGUUCCUGCGGCUCUUGCAAGUGUGACCCGGACUGGUCAGGGGAGUACUGCAACUGCUCCACGCGCACUGACACCUGCAUGUCCAGCGACGGCCGGCAGUGCAGUGCCCGCGGGAAAUGUGUGUGUGGCGCCUGUGAGUGCACUCAGCCCGGAGCCUACGGUGCCACCUGCGAGAAAUGCCCCACCUGCCGCGGCGUCUGCACCACCAAGCAAGACUGUGUGGAAUGUAAGCACUAUAUGAGAGGACCCCUGAUCAAGGACAAGAGCUGUAGUCACAUCUGCAGAGAUGAGAUUAUGCUGGUCGAAGAGAUUAUUGCCCGUGACAAGAGAGUUGCCCAGAACUGCACCUAUAAGGAUAAAGAGGACUGCGUCCAGAGGUUCCAGUACUAUGAAGAUGCCAGCGGCAAAUCCAUUCUGUACCUCAUUAAAGAGCCAGAAUGUCCGAAAGGUCCUGAUAUUCUUGUGGUCCUGGCGUCGGUCACUGGGGCAAUUCUUUUGCUAGGGCUUGCUGGUCUGUUGAUAUGGAAGCUUUUAGUCACCAUUCAUGAUCGACGAGAGUUCGCCAAGUUUGAAGAGGAGCGAGCCAAAGCCAAAUGGGACACGGGUAAUAACCCCUUGUACAAAGGAGCAACCAGCACGUUCACCAAUAUUACCUACAGAGGUGGUACUGCCUCCUAAGGAAAAUCUCAGCUUUGUAAAGAUGGAGUUCUCUGGAGCACAUAAGACGUUCAGAUGUAUUUUAUUUAGGUGCAAAAGACUGGACUGACGUUUUUCUCUUUACUGCUUGCACUUUUUGAUGAAUGUUUUGAAAGUCUGUGUACCAGUGAACUCAUUCACCAGUUCCACAUGUUGAGAAGUACCAGGGCAUUCCCAGAAGUGUGGUGGAACUACAAAAUGACUAGAAAUUCACAACCUUAUCUGGACCAGACUGUAACAACAGUAAGCUAUCAUGGCUUCAACAUAUCAUGGUGGUAUACACCUAGUGGAAUUUGCAAGGUGGCAUACACCUAAGAAAUAUGAUGUUAAAAACAAUGGUUCUUUGAGCACAGCUGAAUGGAAGUUUCACUUUCUGUGAUCGGGGCGAAUACAAAAAUGCUCAAAAUGUUGUCUUAAAACCUGCUAUUGCGCUGUAGUUAUCAGUUUACUGAUAAAGAAAUUGUGAGGUCCAAAGUGAACUGCACCAUCAUUCCAAAUGCACCAUCACUCCUAAAUGCACCCUGCUUGACACCUUUACCUGAAUAAAAGUUCAUUAGUAUGAUUACAAUGGAAAUUAAUUAGCCUCUUAAAAUUUGAAUAGGAUCUACUUUAUGUUGAUUAGCUGGGAAGGUGAAUAACUUCUGCUGCCACUUUUCUUUAGUUUCAAUACAACUUGACAGUGUAAUUAGACCACUGAUUACAAUCUUGGCUCAUAUGUAUGGAGAACCAUGCUCAACUCGGAUGGUUAAUGGAAUUCUUAUUGCCAUGGAUACAGGGGGAUCAUCUUGAUUCUAGGUUUAUCUUUUGUACUGUCUUGUUUCCAUGGAUACUGGAGCCGUAUUUAUAGUUCAAUUCGAGAAUAUGCCGCUCUGUUGGACCCAAGAAUCAGCUUGUCCACCUACAUUGUUUUGUUUCUCCUUUGUAAAACCUGUCUCUCCUAUCCCAAUUUGAAACUGUUGAAGUCACCAAAGAUUGUGAUUACUUAUUGCCUAUUUCAUUUUCAUUGUUUUUUCUUCUUUUUUUGGACUGAUGUUUUCCUUUUUGAGAUGUUUUAUACAAGUUCUAUUUUUGACACAUGAGGCUUCUGAAUAAAAUAGUUUGAAAGCUA